AUGAUGAUUGUCGCGGAGGAGAAAAAGGAGCAGCGCCGGAAAUUCAAGGAGCUCAUCAUGAACGCCAAUCACAAGAACCAUAUGGGAGGAGGAGCCGGUGGACAGCAAUGGCAGAUCAAGCCGCGUCGAAAAAGCGUCGAGGGCGAAGAAUCUGUCGAUGACCAGACGGAUUCACAGUCAGGCGUGGGAGAAGAAGAAGACGAAGAAGACGACGACGAUCCCGACGAAGACGAUGCGGACGCGGAAGAACAGGCUGCCACUUGGUCGACCGACGACUCGGACGAAGAUUUGUUCUUUGCAAAUUUGUCGGAUUCGUCCAUCUCGUUCUCAGCGGACCAGGACGACGAUGAUGAUAGCGAGACCGUUUCAUCAACUGCUGACCUCGCUGAAGCGGCCUCUGCUGGGUUUCUUUCGGGGAUGGGCAUGCCUAUGGUUGUGAUGGACGAUUUUGGAAUGGAGCUAAGCCUUGGUAAUGUGCUCAAUGCGACCGAUCUCGAUCAAGAAUUUGAACAACGUGCACGCGCUCAACUUGCCGAAGAGAAACGCACGCCUGGCCGUGAGACUGCUUCACCCGAGCUCGAUGUCUUUAGUGCCGUCGAUUAUACCAAGGAAGCGCUCGAUGCCGUUGACGGCCUCGAGAUGGAUCUUGAUUCAGAUGCGACCGAGUAUGAAGAAGAUUCUGACAUGGACGGCGACACUACUGCGGAUGAAAUGGAACGCGGACGUACACCAGCGCGGUUCAGGUUCCCUACUCCCCCAUCUAUAAACCCACUCUCUACCUUUAGCCCUAGUCCGGCUGUUAGCCCCGUUGGAUGGCGAGACUUUACGCCUACGCAUUUCGCACCUCCGCUUUUCAUGCGUGGGGCUGCGCCCGUGACGCCCCAUGCGCGCGCUGCUUCGUUUGGCGGGUUUGGAGGGCUCGACUCGGCUCGUGCGCGGACUAUCAGCGCGAGUGCGGUUCUCGUAAACGGGUCGGAUGGAUCUGUGUCUGCGUCCGAAGUGGGUGCUGCCCGACCUGUCAUGGGUUCGUUCGGUCGCACGGGGGACCGUAGGCGGGCAGCAAUCAUCGAUGGUAACGCAGCGGUUCCGAGUCCCUUUGCGGCCCGCAGAAGACGUUCCAACAGCUGGAAGAGCGGCAGAAAACACUUUGGCAGCAAGAGUGACAUCUUCCCCAUGCUGGCUCGACGGGCUCGAGGCAACUCGAACGCGACUUCUGGCUCGACCCGCUCGUCGUUCCAUUUCCCCAUGACGGAAACUGAACUCGAUAUGGACAUGGACAUGGACGAGUCGUGCACCGAGCCCUUUGAACUUGAUGACGUGCUCGAUUUUUCAAAUGUGUCGGACGAUCUUUCUCACCACCCGCCGAAUCCCUUUGAUAGUCCUAUUGACGAAGGCGAGUCGCAUUUACGGAGUCUGGACCGAUGGGACCGUGUCCCGAUGGGCACAUUUAGACGUACACGCGAGACGCAUGACGCUGGUGCGGUACCAAAUGUUAGUACACCGGACGGGUUCUCGUACGGCGCUACUCCUGGCGGGAAAGAAAUGUUGGGCCCGGUAGAAGAUAGUCUUGGAAACUCUGAAGACGUUGGGCAAAAGGGUCGGGUCGAAAAAGCCAUGUCGCGCAAGGAGCGACGGCAUCGCAAGAAGCGUGAGGCGGCAUCGACGCAUGUGCCAACCAAGUCAUUUAUCACACCCCCGCCGCUGCCGCUUCCGUCUCGCAAACAAUAA